GGUUAGUACUGGUAAACUUGAACGAAUCGAGUGCUUUUGCUCUUCGCAUGUUUAUCGCAUGCGUAACCAGUCACGAUGGGAAGAACGUACCUUCCACCGUUCGUUCAGCGAGAUGAACCCAGUGACUUUGUAGUGUGAUCACCACCUCUUUGUUAUUGGUCCUGUGACUUGAUGUCCCAUGCAUGAACUCCUUUGCACUCGAAGCAGAGAGGAGUUCUACAAGUGCAGAGGAAAGCUGUGUAAGCAACAGCAACCAUGUUGAUCCUCAUCCUCUUCGCGACUCAUUGGGGUGUCACAUUCUGGCGGGCGGACCCCAAGAAGGGGUCCUUUCGUCAAGUGCUCGUUACCGUGCAGGCUAUCUCCAGCUCCACUGCGUCACCACCGCAGUACAUUCCCUCGAGAUCCUUCCGUCUACCUUUUCUUGCCAAACCCGAUAUCGGUGACAUACUCGCGGCCGUUACGAUCGACAUACCAAGCGAUCGUAGGAUUCCUGACUUCCGGAUACGCCGCAAGCGAGCAAGCUUUCGCGGUUCUGUUCCCGCGGUAUGUUUGCAGGGAACUUUGCCCCCCUUUCCCCCCUUAUUACCGUGUCUUUUGUCGGACAUUUGCUCUGACACUCUGUUCAGACGCCACGAAUUCGAAUCUUCCUCGAUUCUGGCAGUAAUUUUGCGUUGGCGCUUCGUCCGCUAUUAAAAUGUCUCGGCACGCUCAGAGUCAUGUAUACCCAAAUAUCCCCACGUGUCCAUCGAACAAUCGAACCCCGCUAUCACUCUUCGCUCGGUCUGGCAU